UUACUUCGGCGAUGGUCGAGUGAACCUUUUUUAAAAACUUGAAACUACUUCUCUUUUGGAACGUACGGUAAACAGUUCUAUCCUCUCGUGUUGAGCUUCUACCGCUGCGGCUCUACGGUGUACGGUUUUGCUACCUGUUUAGAUCGCGCGCAUACGAACAGGUGUCGGUGUCGCGGUUCUGUUUGAAUCACAUUGUUUACAUCCUUUUAAACGUAACGUUCUUAUCAACUGUGUAUUCGCCUCGGUUUAGUUCGUCGCCAAGUUUUUUAUCUCAAAUUUUGAGUUAUUUACGCGCUAUUUUAAUUAGUGAAGUUCAGUUUUGUGGUGAAUUUUCAUUCUGCAUCGUAAGCUGAAAAAAUAACAAACGUAAUUCGUAUUUCAAUGUCGAUCGUUCGAUAUCGAUGCAAUGUUCCAGUAUCGCAUGAACCAAGAUUCCAUUCCAAGUUGAGUCAAUCGUGUAAUGCUGUCUGGCUGUAAAUUUUGAAAAAUUUGAUAUUCGAGUCGCACCUUUUCGUCAUUUUACUCCCAAGUGCUGAUGUUUCGCGUACCAGUGAAUAUUGUUUUCGCAGCGUCGCGUUUCUAGCCAAGAUCGAGGAGUGAAAAAUAGCGAAUUUCUUAGUGCUUUUUUCGUGUUUUUACGUGCCGAUAAAAACGAGUUUUUGCAUCGUAUACAAUGGCUAGCGACGAAGAGAAACUGAACCCGGCGACUACUCUGAAAUGCGAGGAAUCCGCUCCGGGCAUUUUCUUGCCAGUUUUUCUCACUUUGGUGGUAGUCGUAGCGGCCAUGCUAAUAGUCUACUUUUUCUGGAAAUAUUACUGGAGGAUAAGACACGGAAAACACCUGGUGUUAGUUACCGACGUUGAAAAAGCUGAACCAGACUUUGCUUUCGAUAAUCCAGGUUUCCGAGAAGGAACGCCGGUCAUACAAGCGAAAAAAUUAUCAGCUGAAAUCAAGGAGAAAGCUGAGGCGAAAGAAAAUUCCCAGAAAUUGAGUAACGGCCAUAAACCACAGUCCUUGGAAGAUGGUGCUUUAAAUAAGGCUGGCACCAGCAGCGAUCAAAAAACCAAUGUAAUUCCAUUAAAAAGCAAAGAUUUCACCGGACUAGGUUUCGAUAUCUGUGGUAACAUGAGGGAUGGCAUUUAUGUGAAAGAUUUACUCCAUCGUGGACCAGCUUCGGAAACAGGAAUGAUCAAACAAGGCGACCGAAUAUCCGCUAUUCGUAUCAAUUUUAGUCACAUGGUGUACGAAGAUGCAAAGGCCAUAUUAAGCUACGCGUCUCCUUACGAAGUUGAAAUCGAAGUUGAAGAUAGUUCAAUGACUGCGAACGCCGAUGCCAAAAGGAGUAGUCCGAAUUCCACGCAUUCGUUUUACAGAAGUCAGUCGUUUUCGACCGCGCAGCAGAUUCAAAAAAUAGUCCCGCGCAAACUGAACUUCAAUUCAAUCGACAAGAAACCAGAACCUGCAGUCGAAAGUAAACCAGCCAUUCUGGAAGUAUCGGAAAUCUCGGAUAAAAUGUUCAAAUACGGCGUCAAAGUGCUGCCCGAUAUCAAAACCAAAGUAAAUUUGGAAAAUUCGACAUCAUCGCCGUCUGUAACCAGCAGCGAAAUACAACGAAACGCGAACUCGACCGUCAUCGAUAUUCAAAGCGAUUCUGGUAUCGAUACGAAAACACCUACGUUGAGUUUCGACGAAGUAGAUUUAUCACCUCCUGUGUUAUCUCACCAUCAGCCAGAAAAACCACCCACCGGUAACUCGCUCACGUCCACCUUCAAAGACAACAACAUGAAAACCAAGCUGGUCAAAGGUAUACAAAACCUAAAGGAGAAAUUAAACAACCACAUACAAAAGUCUAGCGAAAAAAUCUCCUCCAAAGAUUCCGAAAUGCAAAAGGUCGAGAAGAAGGCGGACGAAAUGCAGCCUGCGUCAUCGCCGAAAACCACCAGCGUGAGUACCACGGUAGAAAUCGUCGAUGAUUUUAAACCUCAAGAAGAUAUAAAUCUACGUCUUCGAUCAUCCAGCGUUAGUUCGAACGAAGACGCUGCGAAGAAGUCGAAAAGGAAAGCACCCCCGCCACCGGUGGCUUUAGCCGAUGUCGAAUUCAAUUUAUUGAAUGAGAUCGAGAACGAGGUGAAUAAAAACAACAAUUACGAUUGCAAAGACAGCGAUUCGGAAGCCGAACCUGAUAUAAAUACCAUCGAAUUGAAUUCGUCGCAUAUUACCGUACAUCACAUUCCAGAAGAAUCGAGUAGAAAAGCAGCCUCUUUGGGGGAUUUGUCUAAAAUAACCGAUACCGAUUCUCCUGUUCCGCUGGAACGUGCAGUUUCACUCGAGCUUACCGAGCACACGCCUCGUGGCAGUAAAAAACGCAAAGCUCCUUUACCGCCCGAAGAAGACCUUAGUAGCGAGGAUGUUUUUCUUAAAGAUUCCAAAUCAGAUAUUGGGAUGACAAAGUUGAAAAAAUCGUCUCUAUUUGGCACGUUGGAGGAGGCUGUGAAGACGAAGAACGGAGAAGAUAAUUGCAGCAUAUCUUCCGAUACGAACGAUAACCUAUUGACGUCUUCGACUCCGAUGAAAUUACCAGACGAUGAUAAUAAAUUCUUAUCGAUCGAUUCGCACUGCAGCAAUAUAAGUUGGGAAUUGAAUUUCGAUCUGCAAGACGAAUCCAUCAAAGAUAGCGUGUUCGCAGAUAUCGACGAAAAAGUUCCUGAUCUUCCCACGUCACCGAUGCCCAACCUACCAACUUACGUGACCGAAAUCAAAGUAUCGAAUGGCGGCGACGACGAAGAUUUGAGCAAAGUCAACAUCAGCGACCUAACUUUAUUCGUCACCGCUGCGGAAAUAUCGUCGGGAAACGACAAAAUCAACGGCGACGAGUCGACGAACGACGAUUCCAAAACUUUAGAAUUCAUCGAGAGUAAGACUAUCAGCAAUGAUACCAAUCAUUCUGCUUCGACGAUGAUCAACGAUACGUCACCGGUCAGCUCACCCGAGAACUCGACCAAUGACUACGAAAACGAAGACUCGACCAAGGACGAUUCUUCCAUAGAUACGGUUAAGGAGAUGACGUACACGAACGGCGUCAGCGAAGACCACGGUAGUCCAAAAGAGACCUCGAUCGAGUUGAAAAAUUCCACUCAGAAAAAUUAUUCGAAAUUUUCCAAAGAAAACAUGUCCGACGAACAAAUCCUAGCGUUGAAUUCGAAUUCCACGUCGAAUUCGACGCCGAAUUUGAAAUACAGUAAAAUCAAAUCGCCCAGUUCGACCAACAAAAUACCAAAAUUAAGUCAGUCAGUGUCGCCGGUCAAAGCAGCCGGUUCCAGGAUACCGAUACGUGCCAACACCGAACCUUCGUUAAAAGUAUCUUUAAUAAAUAAAGACGAUAUUGUCGUACCAAAACCGAGAAAAUAUAAAUUAUCCGAAGAUGGUUUAGAAAAUGGUAAACCGGCAACUUUCGCUUCGUCCAAUCAUUUGCCUUCUCCUACACAUAAAACCGCUGUACUAUCGGAAACUCGUCAUAACGGACCGAAUCGCUAAUGCCCUAUCCAGUCAACGUUCAACGUAUAAAUUUAUUACUUGUAAUUUAUUGUCUAAGUGUGAUAUAAAAAACCAACAUUGGCUGGUUGGUUGGCAAAACACUGUUCAAGUUCGAGAACCAUUUUAAUGGGUAAAAUUUGUACGAGCAGGUUCGAUUUGGAUUUACAUAAAUGUUGGGUAGGGGUAUCCAGACAAGAGCAGAUACCUAUAGUUUGUAAACGUUGAUGCGUGUUUUAUCGAAAAAAAUAUGUAAUAUGGAGUAUUACCUUACGUCAUAAUGACGUUAAUUGUUUCAUCUACGUAUCAUCGUACCUAUAUUACGUACGUAUGUUUUUCUGUAAACGUUCGAGUUUGACGAUGAAGAUUUCACUGGAGAGAAAUGACUGAAAAAUAUUAAGAUGUUUAUUUAAAAAAAAAACCUCUAGCUACGUUUUAUCAUUUUGAUAUUUGACGUUGCGAAGUACCAUUACCUUAUACUAUACGUUAUAAGAAGUAAAAAGCUAUAUUAGAAGAGAGAUAAAUUUCAAGAUGAUCUAAUAACACGAGGGAAUUUCGAGUCGUAAUUUUUUUAAAGUAUUGCAUACCUACUUGAAUGAUGUAAAAAGAACUUUUUUCACUAAAACGAUGUUUUUUUUGUGGCAUAGUUUACCUUGUACCUGAUGAUGAUGAUAAUGAUGUACGUAUUUAUACGUACAUUACAUAAUAUUCUAUGUCCUGUAAAUUUUAUUUUACGUCAAUUUAUUUCAUUCCAUGUAACCGAAUGAAAAUGUUGAUGCAUUUUUAUGUACCUAGAGUAAAAAUGUUGUUGCAAAUAUUUUUUUUAUACCUAUUUAACUUAAUUUAAUUUCUUUCUUUUUUUUUGAUGAAAUAAAUCAAAUUAUUGUUUAGUUUUUCUAAAAAAAUUUCAUUCCUUGAUUAAACAUACCUACGUAAAAUCUAUCGAUUAGAAUUUAAUUGAUGAGUAGAUAUACUUAUUUUGUUUUUUCAUCUACAGAAUGAAAUUCACUAUGCGUAAGUUUAGCGAGUGAGAAUACGAGUAAAUUAUCAUCUAAAAAACGAAAUUUUGUUGAUCCAUGUGUUGUGUAAUGUGUACGAUAAAUGUUUUGUAAUUGUUGAAUAAAAUAGUGCCAUAUUGAA